AAUCCAGUUGGACCUGUGGUUGCCCAGCACCCCAGUGAUGAACAAUCUCAACAAGAGGAACCACCAACUGCAAGUCAGGACAGUCUACCUGGUCAAGAGAGAGAAGAUGAAGGAGCAUCUGUUGUUCAAGGGCCUGACCUGGAAGUUGAUCAACAGGAACUGACUCAGCCAAAGACUGGAGGUGAGCAUAGAGAUGGUCCGGAGGUCAAGAGGAAGCUUUUACCUAACCUCGAGCUCAUUAAUAUGCCAGAAGCAGUGGGUCACACUGGGGUAGCACCAACAUCAGCACCUGCAAAGCUGGAUCACUCCAACCCCAGUGGUCUCAUGAGUCCCGUUCUUACAAAUGUCCACAGGACCAGCCCUUUACCCACUGAGUUUAGAAAACUUCAUGGAAAUCUCUACAGCAAAAUGAAAGAACUAAUGCUUAAAUCUCAGCAGCCACCCACCGCCAAUAGCAUUUCUUAA